AAGCAUAUAUUUACAAAAUGACUAUUCCACCGUUUCCUUCCCAAGACUUGGCUAAAUUGGUGCUUGGAUAUUUGGCUGAGGAGCAGCUUAUGACUGCAUACGAUGAAUUCCUUGAAGCAAGCCCUUAUUUGGAUGCAUUCAGGAACGAAUAUGACAGAAUAUUCAUGACAUCUUUGAAGAGUAUUCUUGCGGAAUAUAGGGCAGUGAAGAUUUACGUGGAAACCUGCAGGCCAUAUGCAUUAAGGAGACGUUUAUUUGGUUGCACCAAUCUGUUGGAAGUAGUGAAGUUCUUGAUACAAAAUGUGGAUCUCAACAAAAUUAGUACACAAGAUACAAUCUGUAACAAAUCCAGAGGAUGGGCAGUAAAUAAUACAAGUGUGCCUGCAGAGUCCACUUUACAGCCAGAGGUUUCUCAAACACAAAUAUCACAGCUGUCAUCUACAAAUGUUGACAGAAGUACAGCCAAUGAGCAAAGAAAUCAAUGUGCAGUAUGCAAUUCAAUGCAGCUACCAAUAUGUGCCUGCAAAAGCAGAUGUACUGUGCAAAAUGUAAAUAUAACUACAAAUGAAGUAGAUUCAAACCUUUUGGAAAGUUCUGUUGAAGCUACUGGAUUAGAUGAUAUUCCAGGUAGUUAUACCACAACACGAAAAAGACAUGUAAGAGUGUUAGACAAAGAACCAGUAUCACAAUGUGAACCAGAAAAUGAUAUUAUCAAACAAGAUUCUUUCGGAGCUGACUGUGCUGAACAAAAUAUACUAACACAUCAAGUUUCACAUGAGCGGCUUCCUCAUGCAGAGACCCUAAAUAAUAAUAUUGUUGUUGAUCCAGCCAGGGAGUGUGCACAAAAAAUAGAAGAAUUUGAUAAUAUUCUCAAUGUUGUUUGUAACAAGAACAACAAUAAUUCUGAAAGUUUAACACAUAAUGGAGUCCCGGGCACAUUUCAGGACUUUGCUACAGGUGUGAGAGAUGGUGAAAAUCAGACUAUGCAAUCAUCUACAUCCACUAAUAUUAACAUAGCACCAAGACUGACAGGUAUAAAUAAGUCAGUAAAAGGUGUGACACACAUUUUCUUAAAUAUUGGAAACCAAGGGAAAAAUCAACUUAUUGAUUUGAACUCAACUGUUAGUCCUGGAGAGACAUCUACACCAAACAUAUUCAGGAGGCUAGAUUCUAAACCUAACGAACAAAGAAUAACAAUCUUGUCUAAUGUCAAAGUAGACAAAGCAAAUACUAAUAAUGCAAACACUCCACCUGUGCUUAAAAAUGCUACAUCAACUCCAAUGAUGCAUAUGCAAACCAUACUUAUAAAUGGAACACCUGCGUAUAAGGCUACACCUCAGAUAAAUCCCAAGUGUAGUUACACUAAGGAUGAAAUUAUGGCUAUGCCAACUAUAAUACUUGUACCCACUACAGCUCCUUCACAAAUUCCGCCUAACAUUCAGAAGACGACAAUAGCGCGAGAUCCAAGUUUUCCAACGUGUACAAUUACCUCUGAAGCUCAACCUUUGGGGCCUCUAGUAAUUGAUGUGUCAUCGAAUAAUGAACCUGUAAGCAGCAAUGAUACGAUUGUUAACAACCAAAAUGGAAGCACCGAAAGAAAUCAACAGAACGAUCCAAAGAAGGCUGAAAUGUUAGUCAAAACUAUUGAUUUGAAAAAUGCCUCUGCGCCUAAAGAUACCGAAGUUGAAAACAAAAGUACACCUCAAGUACAACCUCCGUUAAGAAAGUCCUCAUCAACGCCUCGACGUACAUCCCAUGUUAGAGUUUUAGAUUUCACUACUCCAAGAAGAAUUUUACAAGAAAAUAUAAAUGAACAAGGACUGGAUGAAAAUGGUCAACCCAUGGAAGUUGUCGUAAGUAAAAGUCCCAGCUUACAAUCGUUUGUAGAGUCUGCUAGCAAAGGUGAUGACCUAACAAACAUUCAUAAUGAAGAGAAAAAAAUAGCAUGUAAUGAUAGUAACACCAGUGGCUCGUCUAAAGAGAACGAAGGUGCAGGUAAAGUCGUUUUGAAAAAAGUGGUACCGGUAAAAACAUACAAUUGGGACGCCGGUUUAAGAGCUUUAGUUGGAACCAAAGAUGACGUGUCAAAACAAAAACAAAAACCAGUUAUGAACAAACAAUUGACGACGACCGAUAAACUAGCAGGAGAAAAAGAAAAAAAUGUAAGUGAAAAAAAGAAAUCUAGGAAAAAUCAUGUUUGUAAUACUAAAUCAAAAAAUAAAGAAACAGAAGAACCAGCUUUGAAAGUGGAAGAUACUACAACUAUACCAGCAAAACCUAACAUAAACAUAAUUACUAGCAAUGAUUGGAAUAGCUUACAUGAUAAUGAUAAAAAUCAGAAUAAAUCUCACAACGAAAAACAGACAGACACUCCUGAAAUGGAGAGAAUUUCGUUACAAAAUGCUCUUGGGGUUAAACUUAAUAUUUCUGAUUUAUUAGAAACUCCCUACAAACAAGCUAUUUAUGAUAUACAAAUGGAAACUCCAAGAUUUUUGGGACCUGAUCUACCAGAUGUACCAUUGUCUGAUAUAAAGAUAAUGAAUAUACCAACACCUAGGUUUUUGAAUACCCCGAAGCCAUCACAAGUUACUCCAUCAUCAUAUUCUUCAAGGCCAACUGACUAUUCUAGUGGAGGAUCGUACUAUAAACCCGAUGACCAAGAUUAUAUACCUGUAGACUUGGAAUACCCUCCUAUCUCUUCAUUGAAAGAUGUUUCCCAAGUUAAAACUGUACAAUCAGUAAUUGAAAAGCAAAAAGAGAAACAAAAAUCCAAUGGAGUUAAGAGUAGACCUGUCAGAAAAUGUACAAAAAAUGUGUCAUAUUACAAUAGUCCUAUAGUAAAUAAAACGAAAGAGGAUGAAAAAUCGGAAGUAGCGUCAUCGUGUAGUGAUUCUAUUAGCGCUAACAGUCCCAAUAAUAAUAAAGUCACAAAUUUAGACCAUAAAACAAAAAAUGUUAGGACUAAGACAAGAACAAAGUCGGAAACGAAACGGAAGUCAAAUACUGCCAGAAAACGCAAAACUCCAGUGAAAAAAGACACUCCAAAAUCUUUUAUGAAAAUUAAGCCAAGAAAACCUACCCCAACGAAAGAAUCUCUUAGCGGGAGAUAUAAAACAAAAACACCAGAUUCAUUAACCAGGAAAAGAGUUGGCAAGGAAAAGAUUAUUGGUGCUACACCUCUUAUUGCCACUGCCCCGACAAAAUCACGUAGAAAAUCAUCAACUCCUAGAAAACUACACUGCACUAAAACGUUUAAUUCGGAAAGUUCUGGUCACAAUUCUCCUGAAAUUGCGUCCGCAAGUAAAGAAUCAAGAACACGGGAGUCGAGUGUGUCAGUAAUUCAAGAUUCUGAUACAGAGCAGUUACGUCUUCGUUGGUCUGAUGAUGGCUCACAAGACGCAAAACCAAAAGAUCAGCUAGCGAAUAAUUCGACCAAUGAAAGUGAAGACAUUACGAAAAUUAAAGAAUACAUUGAGACUACCGAAACGGUUUAUUCUCGUUCGGAAUGUAAUUUACACAUCGACUUAGUUAAGAGAGGGUUUGACAUUGAAACAGCUAGAAUAAUUGAACGAGAUUUAUUGGAUACGCCACCAGUUCCUUCUCCUGUUGGUGUUCUUACUCAAAAGUAUACAUCACAAGAAAACACCAGUGCUUCAGUAAUUGAGAUAGCAGAGUCAACUACUACUACAACUAAAUUUCACACAGCUGAGGACAAUGAAGAAACCGAAAUAGAAUUUUCAGUCAGUGAAUGUAAUGAAGAGAGUAAGAAUUACUUUACCUGUGUCCAUGAUGACACUGAGACUGUACUUAAAACAGAAUUACCUAAACUUAAAGAUAAGUUUUCUAUGGAAGUGUGUAUAGACGACGACGUAACGGUAAGAUUAAGAGCUGCGCCUUUUACCGUGUUAUUAGAACAAGAACCUGUAGAAGCAGAAAUAUUGGAAGAUAUUUACAAAGAGACAGAAAUUGCGGUCAAUUCGAUAUCUAACAUUGACAGAUUGUAUACUCCUUUGAAAGAUCCUGUAAAGGCUCAGUGCUACGAAAUUUUUGACUCUACUCUAACCAGUUUGGACACACCAUUGAAAGCUGCUAGUCCUAAAAGGAAAGAGUGCGAUGCAGAGAUCAUAUUAGAAGUUGAGAAAGUGGAAGUAAAAUCGGAAAAAUCGGAAAUGAAGAAAAGAAAAAGACUUCAUAGUUCAGAAGUUUCUGAGGAAUCCGCAAAUGAGAACAAAAGAUCAAAGCCUGACACUCAGUACUUAUUAACUACCACAAACAUACAGAAUAUAGAUAUAGAGACUGUCUUGUCCAAAUUACAUGGACCCUAAUGAUAUUAUAAUUGUUAUAUACUGUUAGUAUUUAUUGACAUAAAUUAUAUUGCUCUGUUAAAUUUCUAUUAUCAUGUAAGCGCUAAUUGUAUAUUCUUUAGUUAGUGUACACAUAUAUCUGUACAUAGUAGUUUUACCAUUGAAGAAUACCUGAUGUGAGUUUUUUUGUAGUAAACCAUAAGCUUAUUUGUAUAAGUUAUUUAUGUGUUCGACACAUAAUUAAGUUCAACCUCAAGUUUUGUAAUAUGGUU